AUGCCUGUGGAAUCCGAAACCGAGCCGAUCCCUUCGGUCAAAGACCUCGCUAGUUCUGAAUCAUCAAUCCGACGAGCGUGUUUGCAAACGAUAACGACACAUCUGGACGAGCGCUCGCCGACAAAUCCGCUGACACCGACGCAAUGUCUCCAGCUGUGGAAGGGGUUGUAUGUUGCGCUUUACAUGCACGAUAGCAAAAACGCCGUGUCCGUACAGAACCUCGCCGCGGAGCUUGCGAGAACCGUGCGGACUGUGGCGUCGAAGCACCUUGAACUACAGAGUGAGAGUGCCAACUCAGACUCGUGGUUAGCGAGCUGGACACUUGCGUUCUGGGAGACGAUAUGCCGCGAAUGGGCCUCGAUCGAUCAAUGGCGAAUGAAUAAAAUCCUGAUGCUAGUGCGAUUUGUCGUGAGGGAGACAUUCAACCUCUCGUUGACGACGACAGUUGACGACGAAGAGGCCGGUAGAUCCAAGUCGAUCAUCACUUCCCAGACGCAUAUCCUCCAGGCGUGGCCGCUGAGUCCUCGGGAACGAAAAGUCCCAGACGGAUUAAGGCUGCAUGUGCUCGACAUAUGGGUUGACGAGUUGUCGGGCCAGGUCAAUGCCGUGCAGAAGAGCAUAGACGAGUCCGGCGAAACGGAAGACGCAGGUGUGAAGACGGCACUAGUUAACGCCGCCAAGAGCUUCAUGGCACCUGUGGAGAGUCUCAGCAAGGAAGCCAUCAGUAAGGGUGUCAAGUUGAGAGCCAAGGAUGCAAUGAAGCGAUCGCAAGAAUUGUUCUCGUCUUGA